AAUCCACAAACCUGCUCUCGAAAUGGCUUGGCCAUUGGCACAGAGCAACUUCGGAGAACCGCAUCAAUACCGGCCCGGGGUCUUUUACCUUUGCAGUCGACCACGAUGACGACAAUCUUGCGCUGGGGAAUCAUCUCGACGGGCGGUAUCUCGGCUACAUUCGUCAAGGAUCUUCUCGUCGACCCCAAAACGCGCAACAUUGAUGAUAUCGUCCACAAGGUCGUCGCAGUUGGGUCGCGAAACGGGGCAGUAGACAAGGCGAAUGCCUUCAUCACGGCAAAUGCCCAUGGCGAUGAGGGGAUCAAGGCGUAUGGAACUUACGAGGAAGUCUACGCCGAUAAGGAUGUCGACGUCAUUUAUGUUGGGACCCCACACACAUUCCACUAUACCAACUCCCUUGAUGCCAUGAAAGCGGGGAAACACGUUCUGUGCGAGAAGCCAGUAACCUCUAAUGUCGCAGAGCUCAAAGGACUGUUGGCUGCCGCAAAAGAGCACGGUGUUUUCUUCAUGGAGGCAAUGUGGACGAGAUUUCAGCCGCUUUCGCUUGCGGUCGUGGGUUUGUUGGAGAGCGGAGAGCUUGGGAAGCCUGUGGUUGUGCAUGGGGACUUGUCCGCUGACUUUGGGCUUCAUGAUAUACCAAAGACGCAUCGAAUUUUAGACCCUGCCUUGGGCGGAGGUGCCAUUUUGGAUCUUGGACCAUAUCCUCUCGUUUGGGCAAUCAUGGCCCUCUACGAAAACCCGGCCAAUGAGCUCUCCAGUCCGUCGAGCAUCACCGGCAGUAUCGUCAAAACACCCAUCACGGGGGUCGAUGCCAACACCUCUUUCACACUCAAUUUCGACAAAAUUGGCGCGCAGGCAGUUCUCAGCUGUAGCAUCAACGCAUCAACACUGACUAACCCUGGGGUCACGAUUCGCUGCGAGAAAGGCACUAUUCGGGUUGCGGCCCCAAUAUUUGUUCCAAAAUCAUACAAGGUGGAGUAUUUUGGAACAGGGAAAGAGAAGAACAAGGUGGUGCGAGAGGAAGAGAAGGUCUUUGACUACAUUGGGCAUGGGAUGCAGUUCGAGGCAGACGAAGUCGCGCGGUGUAUAAGGGAGGGAAAGAAGGAAAGCGCUUUGUGGGGACACGCGAAGAGUUUGCUGGCGAUGACCGUGUUCGAUGCCGUGCGCAAGCAGGGUGGCUACGAGUUACCGCCUGGCGUUGAACAGCUUGUGUGA